GCCGACUUUUCACGUAAACGGAAAAAGUAAACUUGCUUUACAUAAUAAGUUCAAGUUAACUGGGGUUAGCCGUAGCCUCGUCAUUUUAGUGCGGUUGUGUAUCAGAAAUUAAGAAGGUGCUCAUAUUCAAUCAACUGUUAUCAAAAUGAGUGUUAUGAGUAUUAAUGGGUCUGCUCUAGUAGCAAUGAAAGGAAAAAAUUGUGUUGCAAUCGCCGCAGAUAGAAGAUAUGGUGUACAGUUUCAAACGAUUGCAUGUGAUUUUGAAAAAACAUUUCAAAUGGGAGAUAAACUGUUUUUAGGUUUAUCAGGAUUAGCAACAGAUAUACAAACUGUAUCAAAUUUAGCAAAGUUUCGAACAAAUUUAUAUGAACUGCGUGAAAACCGAAAAAUAUCUCCAAAAGUAUUUAUGACCAUAAUGUCCAAUAUUCUAUAUGGUAGAAGAUUUGGUCCUUACUUUGUUGAACCACUAAUAGCUGGUCUGCAUCCAAAAACCAAUGAACCUUAUAUAGCAUCAUGUGACCUAAUUGGUUGUCCUUGUGAGCCAGAAGAUUUUGUUGUUUCUGGCACUUGUGGAGAUCAGCUUUAUGGUAUGUGUGAAUCGCUUUGGGAACCUGACUUGGAACCUGAAGCUUUGUUUGAGGUGAUUUCUCAAGCUCUGCUCAAUGCUCAAGACCGUGAUUGUCUUUCUGGAUGGGGAGCAGUUGUUCAUAUAAUUGAAAAAGACAAAAUUACUACAAAAACUUUGAAAGCACGAAUGGAUUGAACAAAUGCAAAGCUUUUAGUUUUUAUGUACAUUCAUACGUUACAAACUCAAAAGAAGGACGACGUUCAAGUUUAAAUUGUAGUUUUUUUUUUGAAUUUGUUAUUUAUUUAAAUUACAUUAAUAAUUCAAUAGAUAAAUAUUUUUAUCA